GCCAUACCGGGCCCGGUAACAAGCAAUCUGCCACGGCGCCAUUUCUUCGCCUUCCCCGCUUGGCCGCUUCCCCCCUCUCUCUUCCUUCCGCCUCUCGGGCCACGCCAUGCACCGCGCCAGCUACCACCGCUAAUCUCUCGCGAGCAUUUUCCCAAACAGCUCCAGUUUCUCCCUGGCCUCACACCCCAAUUGCAAAGUUUUUCCCCAAAUUUUUUCCAUCAAUUUCACCCACAUUGCGCUUGAUCCUCUCCCCCUUGCUCCGGUCGCUAAUCGAUUCCGCACAUUUUUGUGGAUUUUUCCAUGAAGUGAGCCGAUGUAAUGGAGGAGGACUCGCGCGAUGUGUCCGACGCCUCGCCCACCUCGCCGUGGGAGGACGGCGUCGUCGAGCACUUCGACGAUGAGUCGCCCCGCGGCGAGGGGUACAUCAUCGAGGACGAGGAGAUGUCGGACGUCGAGACGACCGCGGGUUCGCCGGUGGCCCCUCCAGAGCCUUCCACGCAGCCUCCCCCACCGCUGCGGAGACGCCUAGCGCCGGUCGUGUCGUCGGAAGUCCCAGAGGCGGUAGUGCGGGCGGUGGACGCAGUGAUCAUGGGCGGCGGGGUCGACCGCCUCCGCGAGAUGGUCUCCGAGGAAAACGGCGAGGUCUCGCAUUUCAUCGUGGACGUACUGAUGAUCACGAUGGGCGGCGUGGAUGGCAUCGACGAAGGCACAGGCGACGGCACCAGCACCAGCACGACGCCCAGCAUCAUGUCCAGCUCGCGCGCGGCCGCCAUCGCGGCCGAGCUGUUGCCGUACCUCCCCUGUGGCACCGAGCCGUCGCCGCGCACUCGUAUGGCCCGUGGUCUCCUCGCCACCCUCAGCGCCUGCACUCGCAACCGCACCAUGUGCUCCGCUUCGGGUCUUCUCGCUAUUCUCCUCGAGGUCGCAGAGAAGCUGUUCGUAGGAAUGGGUCAGAGCAGGGAGUGGGACGGGACACCACUUGUGCAGUGCAUUCAGGUGCUGGGCGGACACUCGGUUAGUGUCAAGGACUUGCAUUCCUGGCUCCUUUUGGUUAAGAAGGCUCUUGGGACGCUCUGGGCGACGCCGCUGACACUUGCAUUGGAAAAGGCUGUUGGCUGCAAUGAGGCAAAGGGCCCUGCAGUGACGUUUGAGUUCGACGGCGAGAGCUCUGGCUUGCUUGCCCCUGGGGAGAGCAGGUGGCCAUUCUCGAAUGGUUUUGGGUUUGCCACCUGGAUAUAUGUAGAGUCAUUCUCAGACUCACGCAACACAGCUACGGCCACAGCAGCCAUUGCAGCCGCUGCAGCAUCAACGUCUGGGAAAUUGUCAGCAUGGGCGGCAGCUGCGGCUGCUUGCACACUUGCUGGAGAAGGGACGAAGCACAUGCCCAGACUUUUCAGCUUCCUCACUGCUGAUAACGAUGGUGUGGAGGCUUAUUUUCAUGGCCAGUUUCUAGUCGUUGAGAGUGGGACUGGAAAGGGGAAAAAGGCUUCUCUGCAUUUCACCUAUGAAUUCAAACCACAGUGCUGGUACUUUGUUGGUUUGGAGUACACAAGCAAACAGGGUUUGCUUGGAAUGGUCGAGAGUGAACUGCGGUUGUAUGUGGAUGACAAACUUCACGAGAGCUGUCCGUUUGAGUUCCCACGCAUCUUGAAACCGCUGGCCUUCUGCUGCAUUGGGACAAACCCACCACCAACUAUUGCUGGCCUGCAGCGCCGGCGGCGGCAAUGCGCACUGUUUGCGGAAAUGGGGCCUAUAUAUAUUUUCAUGGAGCCGAUUGGGCCAGAGAGAAUGACUCGACUUGCUUCUAGGGGAGGAGAUGCACUUCCCAGCUUCAGCAAUGCCGCUGGUUUGCCUUGGAAAGCUACCAGUGAUCACAUUAGGGAAGUAGCUGAAGAUAGUUAUGCGCUUGACAUUGAGACUGCAGGAAGCUUACAUCUUCUGUAUCACCCUAGCCUACUCAACGGCCGAUUUUGUCCCGAUGCUUCACCUUCUGGUUCGACAGGUACUCAGCGAAGACCUGCAGAAGUUGUUAGGAUGGUUCAUGUAUCUUACCGCGUGCGACCUGCAGAAUCUUUGUGGGCAUUAGCUUGUGGAGGUCCAAUGGCUUUACUACCAUUGACCGUGAGCAAUGUUGAGAUGGAUAAUCUGGAACCUAUACUUGGUGAUUUGUCACUGUCUCUUGCUACCGCUUCUCUUUCUGUUCCCAUUUUCAGGAUAAUUUCCCUGGCUAUUCAACAUCCUGGAAACAAGGAGGAGCUAUGCCGUACACAUGGACCAGAGCUUCUAUCAUUAGUUUUACAUUAUUUAUUGGAAACACUGUCAAGACUGGAAAGUGGGAAGAAAGAGAUACUGAGUGACGAGGAGCUUGUUGCUGCAAUUGUAUCUUUGUGUCAGUCGCAAAGAAAUGAUCCUGGUCUAAAAGUGCAGCUUUUUAGCACUUUGCUGUUGGACCUGAAGAUGUGGAGCUCAUGCAACUAUGUUUUGCAGAAAAAGCUUCUCUCUUCACUCGCAGACAUGGUUUUUGCAGAGUCUGCUUGCAUGUAUGAGGCAAAUGCGUUGCAAAUGCUUCUUGAUGGAUGCAGAAGGUGUUACUGGGUAACUCGUGAAGGAGAUUCAGUAGAUACUUUCACAUUUGCUGGAACUGAGAGACCUAUAGAGAAAGUGAAUGCUCUUGUUGAUGAGCUUUUGGUUGUUAUUGAACUGUUGAUAGGGGCAGCUUCUUCUUCUACUAUGGCUUCUGAUGAUAUUCGUUGUUUGGUUGGAUUCGUUGUUGACUGCCCACAACCUAACCAGGUUGUGAGGAUUUUGCUCCUCAUACACAGAUUGAUUGUGCACCCGAACAGUGCUAGAGCACAAAUGUUUGCUCAGUCGUUUAUUUCUUGUGGGGGUGUAGAGGCAUUACUUGUUCUUUUGCAGAGGGAGGCUAAAUCUGGCGAUAGCAAUAUUUUCAACAACUGCAAUGUGCCACAAAAUGCUGCUCUGCAGAAUGAAGGUUCUUACUCAAAAUCUACUAUUAGUGAUUCAGUCUUGAAAACAGCUAGUAGUGAAGCAGACUGUAAUCACGAGAUCAUGUCAGUUGACCGUCAUGAACCACCCUCUGAUGAAGCCAACACUGAACUUGAAUCCACGAGCAAAUGGUGCUUAUUAAAGAAUCAGUUCCUCAAGAAUCUGGGUGGCACGGACUUCCCAAAUAUUGCUGACAACAUCCAGAAUAAUGUAUACAAUAUUGAUAAGAGUGAUGGAGUACUUGUUGGGAUAGUUCAUGUUUUGGGCUCUUUAGUUGCAUCAGGUCACCUGAAGUGUGCAUCACCUAUUGCAAAAUCAAAGUUGUCUGGUGGUUUUCUGACAGCCGCUAAUGGUGAAGGAAGUACCAUGUUUGAAGACAGAGUAUCUUUAUUGCUCUUUGCAUUGCAGAAAGCUUUCCAAGCAGCCCCAAGAAGGCUUAUGACCAGAAAUGUAUAUAGGUCUUUAAUAUCUGCAGUGAUCAACACUUCUUCAGCAAAUGACAAUCUAAACUUAUAUGAUUCUGGUUAUCACUUUAAGCAUAUUCCUCUCUUAUUAGUUCUACUCCGUUCUCUUCCAUAUGCAUCACGCGCAUUCCAAGCUCAUGCUAUUCAGGAUCUUCUAUUUUUAGUUUCCAGUCAUCCGGAAAAUAGAAGUGCUAUGACUUCCAUUGCAGAGUGGCCUGAAUGGAUUUUGGAGGUUAUGAUUUCUAAUCAUGAGAUGGGUGAUAACAAAGAUUCAGAUGGUGUAAGCAUAUAUGAGCUUGAAGAUGUCAUACACAAGUUUCUUUUUAUUAUGCUGGAGCAUUCAAUGUGGCAAAAAGAUGGUUGGAAGGAUGUAGAGGCUACAAUACACUGCGCAGAAUGGCUUUCAAUGGUUGGGGGAUCUAGCAUGGGGGACCAAAGAAUUAGGCGUGAAGAAACAUUACCAAUUUUCAAAAGGAGAUUACUGGGUAGUCUGCUUGAUUUUUCUGCUCAGGAACUUCGAGUUCAGUCUGAAGGAACUACUGCUGCAGCAUCUGGUGUUGCAGUGGAGGGUUUGAUGCCUAAAGAAGCAAAAACACAAGCUGAAAGGGCUGCUCAUCUCUUGGUAGCCUUGGCUGAGAAUGCAAUAGUUCUGAUGAUGCUGGUAGAAGAUCAUCUGAGGUCACGCAGUCAACACUUUUUUACAUCCUGCUUAAUUGACAGUACUGUAUCUCCUGCAUCAAUGGUUUCCAGUAGGUCAAAUUCAUUGAGCAGAACUGGCAGCGAGCCUUUAGAAGCUGGAGGCUCUAGGCAAUCUUUGUCCAGUGAUGCUGGUGGACUGCCGGUUGAUGUUCUUGCUUCUAUGUCUGAUACAAAUGGGCAAAUUUCUGCUGAGGUGAUGGAACGUGUAACAGCAGCAGCAGCAGCUGAGCCUUAUGGAUCUGUCAGGCAUGCAUUUGUAUCCUAUGGGAGCUGUAUUUCAGAUCUUUCUGAAGGUUGGAAGUACAGAAGCCGACUGUGGUAUGGUGUAUGCAUUCCACCCAAAUCCAAUAUCUUUGGGGGAGGAGGAAGUGGUUUGGAGGCAUGGAAAUCUGUUCUAGAGAAGGACUCCAGUGGGAACUGGAUUGAACUUCCAUUAGUGAAGAAAUCAGUUGCAAUGCUACAGAUACUCCUACUAGAUUCUGGACUUGGGGCUGGCCUUGUCUCUGGAGGGGGAUCUGGCGUUGGCAUGGGUGUUAUGAGUGCACUUAACCAGUUGUUAGAUAGUGAUCAGCCUUUUUUUUGCAUGCUCCGGUUGACUCUUAUUUCGAUGAGGGAGGAUGACAAUGGAGAGGAUGACCUUUUUAUGAGGGACAUUAGCACGAAGAAUGUUAUGUCAGAAGGAUUGGGCUGUCAAACUGGAACCGUGAAUGCACUUGAUGACAACUCUUGUUCGUCUACCAGAGAACCUCAGUCUGCACUUCUAUGGAGAGUGCUUUGCCCCAUUUUGAAUACGCCAGUUCCUGAAUCUAAGAGACAGAGGGUUCUGGUUGCUUCUUCUAUUCUUUAUUCUGAGGUAUGGCAUGCUGUAAGUAGUGACAGAAAACCAUUAAGGAAAAAGUAUCUUGGAUUGAUCAUGCCACCAUAUGUAGCUGUCCUGAAAAGAUAUCGCUCUGUUUUGGCUGGUAUUCACGAGCUUACAUCUCCAGACGGACAAAAUCCACUAGUUGUGGAUGAUUGUGCUUCGGCUGCAGAUACUUUACCUGUUGAGGCUGCUGUUUCAAUGAUAUCACCUGACUGGGCCGCUGCAUUUGCUUCUCCGCCAGUUGCAAUGGCGUUGGCAAUGAUUGCUGCUGGUGCCUCUGGCGCCGAAACAAUCGCACCGCCAACGAAUAAGUUGCGCAGGCGUGACACCUCAUUGCUUGAGCGUAGAUCAGCUAAAUUACACACAUUCUCAAGUUUCCAGAAGCCCCUUGAUACAACACCAAUCCUGCCUGCGUCUGCCCCGAAGGACAAAGCGUCUGCAAAAGCUGCAGCCUUAGCUGCUGCUCGUGACCUUGAGCGUAAUUCUAAGAUUGGCUCGAGAAGGGGACUUGGUGCUGUCGCAAUGGCAACUUCUGGGCAAAGGAGGGCUGCAGGUGAUAUUGAGCGAGCCCAGAGAUGGAAUACAUCUGAAGCUAUGGGUGCUGCUUGGAUGGAGUGUCUGCAAUCUGCUGAUUCAAAGUUGGUGUCAGGAAGAGAUUUUUCUGCUCUUUCGUACAAAUAUGUUGCACUUCUUGUUUCAAGUUUUGCCUUGGCACGGAACUUGCAACGGGUUGAGAUGGAGAGGCGAACACAGGUUGAUAUCUUGAAUCAUCGGUGUGCAUCUAUUGGAGUCCGGGCAUGGCGACGUCUUCUUCAUUGCUUAAUAGAAACAAAUAGACUCUAUGGCCCUUUUGGAGAACUUCUGUGUACUCCCGAUAGCAUUUUCUGGAAGUUAGAUUUUACUGAAUGUUCAUCAAGGAUGAGAAGAUUUAUGAAAAGGAACUACAAUGGGCCAGAUCAUUUGGGUGGAGCUGUCAAUUUUGAGGAGCAGAAGCUUUUUUGUGAUGGUGUAGAAUCCGAUGCACACACGGAGGAAGGGGGCAUUCAAGUUACAAAGUCUCUUCCGACAAGUUCAUUGAUUAUAGUGGCUGAGGCAAUGUCAGUGGAUGGUGGACAUGAAGAUGCUGAGCAGAUAGAAACUGAGACUAUUUGUAGUAGUGUAGAUGAUCAACUAAGAAAUUCUUUGCCACCUGAUCCUUUUAAAGGAUCAAUAGAUUCAAGAACUUCAGAUUUUUCUGGUGUUCGCAACUUGGUUCGAUCCACAGUAAUUGCGCCUGGUUACAGGUCUAGCGAAGAGGAUAAAAGAAUUAUAAUUGAACUGCCUUCGUUGAUGGUGCAGCCAUUGAAGGCUGUACGGGGAACCUUCCAAGUCACAUCAAAGAGGAUUAACUUCAUAGUUGAUGAGCAUACAAGAGACAGUGACAAUUACAUGGAUGAUGUUGCAUCUACUAGUGGCCAAUAUGAUCAGCCAGAUAGAGAUCGGAGCUGGUUCAUAUCUUCGCUGCAUCAGAUUUAUAAUAGAAGGUAUUUGUUACGUCAAAGUGCUUUGGAAUUAUUUAUGGUAGAUAGGUCAAACUUCUUCUUUGACUUUGAGGAUAUAGAAGCACGUAGACAUGCUUAUCAGGCCAUUAUACACACCAAACCUCCUUAUUUGAGUGAUAUUUUUCUAGCUACACAGAAACCUGAACAAAUCCUUAAACAGACACAAUUAAUGGAGCGCUGGGCUAAAUGGGAGAUUAGCAAUUUUGAUUACUUAAUGGAACUGAACACUCUUGCUGGGCGCAGUUACAAUGACAUCACACAGUAUCCUAUUUUUCCGUGGGUAGUAUCAGAUUACCAUUCCAAAACACUGGAUCUGGAAGAUCAUUGUUCAUACCGAGAUCUUUCUAAGCCAAUUGGUGCUCUAAAUCCUGUACGUCUGAAGAAAUUCCAAGAACAUUACUCUAGUUUCAAGGAUCCAAUCAUCCCAAAAUUUCACUACAGCUCACAUUACUCUAGUCUUGGCACGGUGCUGUAUUACCUUGCCAGGAUAGAGCCUUUCACUACCCUCUCUAUUCAGUUGCGAGGUACCAAGUUUAGUGAUGGUGAUCAUAUGUUCUCUGAUAUCACCAGAACAUGGAAUGGUGUCCUUCAAGACAUGAAUGAUGUAAAAGAGCUAGUUCCAGAGAUGUUUUACCUUCCGGAGGUAUUUACUAAUGCAAAUUCAGCUGACCUAGGGACAAACCAACUUAUUAGAAAUCUAGGCUCUGUAGAAUUGCCUCCUUGGGCUGAGAAUCCUGUUGAUUUUAUACAUAAACAUCGGAAGGCUCUUGAGAGUGAUCAUGUCUCUGCUCGUUUGCAUGAAUGGAUUGAUCUAAUAUUUGGAUAUAGACAAAGAGGUAAAGAAGCAGUGCUGGCCAACAAUGUUUUCCCCUAUACAACAUACGAGGGGGCAGUGGAUAUUGAUAGAAUCGCUGAUCCAGUUCAACGGCGAGCUACACAAGAUCACUUAGUGAACUUCGGACAAACGCCAUCUCAGUUGCUGAUAGUUCCACACAUACGGAGAAGGCCAUUGGCAGAUAUCUUACAGCUGCAGACAAUAUUCCGGAACCCAAGUGAAGUCAGAUCUUAUGCACUUCCUAAUCCAGACCAGUGCAAUGUUCCUGCCAGUGCAAUGCUUGUAUCAAAUGACUGUAUUGUGGUCGUAGAUGCAAAUGUGCCUGCAGCAUAUGUGGCACUGCACCAUUGGCAGCCAAACACUCCAGAUGACCUAGGAACACCUUUCCUCUUUCAUCCUGGAAGAAAUGCCAUAAAUUCAAGUGGUGGCACAAUAAGGCGCAUCUUCAAAGGAUCUGCCUCUACAGAAGACUAUCAUUUCCCUCGGGCUAUAGCUUUUGCUGCUUCUGCAAUCCAAACUUCAUCAACUGUUGUUGUCACAUGUGACAAAGAGAUUAUAACUGGUGGGCAUGCAGAUAACUCUGUGAAAAUUAUCUCCCCAGAUGGAGCAAGGACCAUUGAAACUGCACAUGGGCAUAUUGCUCCAGUGACCUGCCUCUCACUGUCUCCAGAUAACACCUAUCUUGUCACAGGGUCGCGUGACACAACAGUUAUACUAUGGAGGAUACAUCAGAAGGGCUCUUCACAUUGGAAAAAUGCUCCAGAACCUCCACCUUCUACACCAACAACACCACGUAGUCCUCUAGCCAAUAGUAGUAUUAGCGGUAGCAGUACAAGCAGAAUUUUAGAAACCUCCAGGAGGCGGCGAAUUGAGGGUCCUAUGCAUGUUCUAAGAGGACAUGUUGGAGAAGUAACUUGCUGUUCUGUUAGUUCUGACUUGGGACUUAUUGCUUCCUCUUCACAUAUGUCUGGUGUCCUUUUACAUUCCUUGCGGACUGGUCGGCUCACAAGGAAGCUGGAUGUGGAGGAGGCACAUGUGAUAUGCUUGUCUUCUCAAGGAAUUGUAUUGAUUUGGAGUGAAUCGGUGAGAAGACUAUCCACCUUCACUGUUAAUGGAAUCCCUAUGGCUACCUCAGUUCUGUCACCUUUCUCUGGGCAUGUUAGCUGCAUUGAGGUUUCUACAGAUGGCCAGUUUGCUUUGAUUGGAAUACGUUUGUCUAGCAAUUGCGAUCGUGAUGGCUGUACUGCUAAUGGUGAAUAUUAUGCGUUUGAGAAGCCUGAUGGGGAGGAGGAUGUACCAGAGUCAAAUGAGACCACACUAUCUGUUCAUGUGCCAUCGAUCUGCUUCAUUGAUCUACACAAACUUGAGGUAAUUCAUAUGCUGAAGCUGGGACAAGGACAAGAUAUCACGGCUAUUGCUCUAAAUGAAGAUAACACUACUCUCGUUGCUUCAACAGCUGAUAAGCAGCUAAUAGUCUUCACAAAUCCUUCUUCUUGCCUGAAUCCUGCAGUUGAGCUCCAAGAUAGCUGAUCAGAUGUUGCACGAAGGAGACGGGCUUCUGUAGUCGUGAGCAAAUCAUCGCUGGCUGGCAUUUUUUUACUCACCGAAGCUCCAGUAAACUUUGCAGCGAAAGACAUAGCAUGCUUGGGAAGAAUGGCAUGAAACAGCAUCUGUGCACAAAACAGGAGUUGCAACAUACAGCAUCUGUACUAUAGCUUUCGCGUAAUGGCGAACUGGUACAGAUGAGCUCGCUUUGGUUCUAUGGAUCUUGCCGUUUACCGCAUGGCGUGCGAUGGCCCAGACAAGAUACGGGACCCUCCCUGUGUAAGCCCGAGGGAUUCAGAAGCAAUGCCAAUGUCACUACUACUCUGCUCUGAGUACCUGUGGCAGCUGUAUCAUAAGUGUGCCUACAUGGACGUCAGGCUAAGUGCCAUCUCUGUACAAAAUCUCGUCCAAGUAAUUGAGCAUGUUCCUUUCGCUUCAUUCAUUUCAGGAAAAAUAUGUGUUAUUAUUGAAACCUCUACAGCUGGGCAAACAGGCGACCAUAGCGCCGGAAUGUUUGCGCUUACAAUUACAUCAGUUAGGUAAUAUUAUUGUUGAAGUAUA